CGAGUCAACAUAUCGAUAAUCGAGAGAGAAUAACACAGAAAUAAACAAAUAAUGCGGCAAACAUAAACAAGUGAAACAAAGUAAAUAAAGCGGAAGGAAAUCAAUGGAAAGGGGCAGGCCAAGGAAGCGACGGAAGCAGCGUAAACGCAAACAUCAGCGGCUUAAACAGAGUGCAACAAGAGCAGCUGCAGCAGCGGGAGUCAACAACAGAAUGCUGCCUGCAACCUAUGAGAUUUGGAGCAGCACCUACAAAAGAUUGCUACAGUGGCAUCAGGCACAGGUGCACAGCUUCUGUCGUCAGCAACCAAAUGGUGGCAGUUCCACAAGUGAGGGUGAGGAUAGCUUUGGCGUCGACGAUGAUGCGGAGGAGGAGGAAAAACUGCAGCCAGAUUGUAAUGUGGAACUUGUUGAUGAUGAUGAUGACAAUGAUGUGGAACAAGUGGAUGCUGAUUAUUUAGAAUUUCUCCAGAUUACUCUCAAGCAUCAGGAGGAGCUGAGAAAAUUGCGUGCCGCACAACAAACAACAACAACAACAGCUGAAAACUGACUGCAAACAUGAAAUCCAACGAAAAAUCUAUUUUAAUGUUAGCCUUAAGUAUAUGUAUCUAAGACAACAGUGGAACUUCGCUAACUUGAACUAAUGCUUCAUUUAUACUCCAUUUAUGGAAAAUAGAUUUGUAUACAAUAACUACAUAUACUUUGAAGAUUCGCUCUUAGUUUAAGUUAGAGAAGUUCUACUGUAAAAGAAAACAGUUUUGUAUUUUGACAUCACUUUUUGAGUAAAUGCUGAUAACUGCCCAAAAAAAAGAAA